UAACGUCAAGCUCGGCGCAACGGUCAUUUCCGCAGGCGCACACUCUGUCCCAGCUCCAGCUCCCCCCCCAACGUACACUUCGGCUGCCCCCGCCCCACCACCACGGCCGCCGCCCCACCCGAUUCAAAUCUGAGCCGGCCAACCUCCCCGCACCACCACCAGAAGCAGCGGCAGCGGCAAUUACACUCCUGUCAGCCCCAGUCCAGCGCAGCCCCGCCGAACCUGCCGCCCAGAUCCGUCCGACCGACCGACCCCAUGGGCGCCGAGCCGGACCGCCCCCUCUCCCCGCCGCCGCCGGAGCGGACCGCGUCGCCGGAGCGGGGCGACGACCGGGACUGGAAGGCGGAGAUGAUGUCGGCGCUGGGCGGGUCGGUCUCCUUCGGCCGGUUCCUCGCCGAGCCGCUCGAGUGGGGCCGGUGGUCGGCGUUCGAGCACAACCGGUACCUCGAGGAGGCGGCCGGCCAGUCCCGCCCCGGAUCCGUCGCGCGGAAGAAGGCCUUCUUCGAGGAGCACUACGCCAGGAAGCGCAAGAGCGCCGGUGUCGAGGAGGGCGACGAGGGGCGCCAUGCUGAUCCGGACGCUGCGUGCUGCGCCGGCGGCGAGGCCUGGUCGGCGGACUCCUCGUGCAUGACGGACGGGCCCGCGGGGGAGGACGAGACCUGCGGCGUGGAUUCCGGCGCUCCGGAGGAUUGCGGCGCCGCUGCCGAUGCCGCCGUGCCGGGGGAAGCGCCUCAGGAGCUCAAGGCUCUGACGGACGGCGUGGCUUCGUCUUGCCGCCUGGAUAGCACGGGCGAGCGGUCACACGAGCAGCGUGAUGCGCAGGUUGCUGAAGCGAAAAAAGUGUUGCGGUUGGAUGCUGGAUGCAUCGUGGCUGCUGUCGAUGCCGUUGAGAAGCAGCCGUUGCAGGAGAGCUCGAUUGUCAAUCAGGGUGGUGCCACAGGUUCUGUCGAGAAGAAGAGGCACCCGAUGUCGUCGCUAUUUCAGAAGCCUGCGGAGGUCGGUUCUCCCCCAUCAGGAAAGAAAGCGCCGUCUUCGUCGGUGAAAAGGCGGUCGAUGCUGCGUUCAGCAAAGGAGAACAGCUCGCCGUUUCCUAGUACUGACAGUGGCAAGCAAGAAGAGACUUCAGUUGCUCAGAAAGGGUCGAUAUUGGGUACGUUGAACUUCGGGAGAUGUGAAGUAGGCGACCCUGCCUCGAGAUCAAGAAAUCUUGGCUCCACGAUUGCUUCAAGGAUCAGUCAGCUCGAAUCUGCAAGUAGGCCGGUGAAAGAUAUUCAUCCUAAGGUGAACAAACAGAGGCGGACAAGCAAGGGGUUCUGCAAAGGUAUUCCAGAAGCAGCUAAAGGUAUUCCAGAAGCAGCUUCCUUCACAACUCAACAGCCUGAACAAAGGUCUCCAUAUGUCAGUGUGACGAGGGUCAAAGAAAAGUUGUUUGGUUCAACUUCGACACCGACACAUCCGGAAACCAAUAUAGCUAAAGAAAACAUGGGAAAAGCCAAUGAUGAACCUGAAUUGAAAGAAAUGCAUCAGAGCAUUCGUUUCAAAGCCAGGACACUGCCAAUUUUUUACUGGAGAAGUAAAGAAUCAAAGGAUUCAAGGCAGGGGGCACGAGAGACCCACCAAAAUCCGCCGAACAGAGAUCAUAAACUGAAUGAUGCUAGCGAUCCACACGGAAUGAGCAGAGGAGACUCGAAGGACAAGCAAAUAUGUUGCUUCCCACUUAUAAGGCGGUAGUAAUACCUGUAGGCCGGCCUUUCAGUAAAUAGUAGCUUAUUCAUUUAAUUUGAUUAUGUUUGUGUAACUACCUAUGGCUUCUAUCGGUAGUUAUACUAUUAUUGGUAUCCUAUCUAAUGUAUAGUCAGGGUGGCUUCUAUGGUAGUUAUACUAUUAUUGGUAUCCUAUCUAAUGUAUAGUCAGGUUCCCUUUUGUCAUCAUGACUAGCAUUUUCUUGCUUGGAAAAUAAAGCACAUGCGUUGAGAAGUA